UUUGAAAAUUGGCUAGCUGCCCACAUGUAACAGUUGCCAGAGUAGCAGAACCCGGAAGUGUAAUACUUAUAAUGACCUUGAAAAAAAAUCCUCUGUCCUUUGCCUUUCACAUAGAAGCAGAAGUUUUAUAACAGUGGUUUUAUGGUCGUAAAAGAGCAACUAGAUUCUAGUGGAAGCUGCUUACGUAUUUAAAUUGCCAAGAACAGUCGUGUUCAUACUUAAUGUUCUCUGCAUCUCAGAGAAGAAGACUGAUCAAAAGGAUGGAUUUUACAGAGGCUUACUCAGGCACGUGCUCUACAGUUGGACUUGCUGCCAGAGCAGGCAAUGUUAAAAUUUUACGGAAACUGCUCAAAAAAGGUCGAAGUGUGGAUGUUGCUGAUAACAGGGGAUGGAUGCCAAUUCAUGAAGCAGCUUAUCACAACUCUGUAGAAUGUUUGCAGAUGUUAAUUCAUACAGAUUCAUCUGAAAACUACAUUAAGACAAAGACUUUUGAGGGCUUCUGUGCAUUACAUCUUGCUGUGAGUCAAGGACACUGGAAAAUCACACAGAUUCUUUUGGAAGCUGGAGCAGAUCCUAAUGCAACCACUUUAGAGGAAACCACACCAUUGUUUUUAGCUGUUGAAAGUGGGCGGAUAGAUGUGCUAAAGCUGUUGCUUCAACAUGGAGCAAAUGUUAAUGGAUUCCAUUCUAUGUGUGGAUGGAAUUCCUUGCACCAGGCUUCUUUCCAGGGAAAUGCUGAGAUUAUAAAACUGCUUCUUAAAAAUGGAGCAGACAGAGAAUGCCAGGAUGACUUUGGAAUCACACCCGUGUUUGUGGCUGCUCAGUAUGGGAAGCUAGAGAGCUUGAACAUUCUUAUUUUAUCUGGUGCAAAUAUCAAUUGUCAAGCCUCGGACAAAGCUACUCCCUUGUUUAUUGCUGCACAAGAGGGUCAUAUAAAAUGUGUGGAACUUUUGCUGUCCAGUGGGGCAGAUCCUGAUCUUUACUGUAAUGAAGACAAUUGGCAAUUGCCUAUUCAUGCUGCUGCACAAAUGGGUCAUACAAAGAUCUUGGACUUGUUAAUACCACUUACUAACCGGGCUUGUGACACUGGACCUGACAAAGUGAGCCCUGUUUACUCUGCAGUGUUUGGAGGACGGGAAGAGUGCCUGGAAAUACUACUGCAGAAUGGCUACAGCCCAGAUGCUCAGAUGUGCUUGGUCUUUGGAUUCAGUUCCCCUCUGUGCAUGGCUUUUCAAAAGGACUGUGACUUCGUUGGAAUUGUGAACAUUCUUUUGAAGUAUGGAGCCCAGUUAAAUGAACUUCACUUGGCAUACUGCCUCAAGUAUGAGAAGUUUUCAAUGUUUUGCUGCUUUUUAAAGAAAGUUUGCCUGUUGGCUCCUUGGAAUCAUACAUCUGAAUUUAUAAGUUAUGCAGUUAAAGCACAAACAAAAUAUAAAGAAUGGCUGCCACAUCUUCUGCUUGCUGGAUUUGACCCAUUGACUCUGCUGUGCAGCAGCUCUUGGUAAGAAAUCUUUCUAGUA